AUGGCAGGUCGAGGUGGAGCUGCUCGACCGAAUGGACCAGCUGCUGGGAACAAAAUCUGCCAGUUCAAACUUGUCCUGUUGGGAGAGUCGGCAGUGGGGAAGUCCAGCCUGGUCCUGCGCUUCGUGAAGGGGCAGUUCCACGAGUACCAGGAGAGCACGAUCGGGGUGAAGUUUGAGAUCUGGGACACGGCGGGGCAGGAGCGGUACCACAGCCUGGCCCCCAUGUACUACCGGGAUGCUCAGGCAGCCAUUGUUGUCUAUGACAUCACCAACACAGACACAUUUGUACGAGCCAAGAACUGGGUGAAAGAGUUGCAGAGGCAGGCUAGCCCCAAUAUUGUAAUUGCACUAGCAGGAAACAAGGCAGACCUUGCUACCAAGAGAGCUGUGGACUUCCAGGAUGCACAAACAUAUGCAGAUGACAACAGCUUGCUGUUCAUGGAGACAUCAGCAAAGACAGCGAUGAAUGUGAAUGAAAUCUUCAUGGCAAUAGCCAAGAAACUGCCAAAAAAUGAACCCCAGAACGCUCCGGGUGGCCCAGGCAGGAAUCGGGUGGUUGACCUUCAGGAGAGCAGUCAGCCCAGCAGGAGCCAGUGCUGCAGCAAUUGAGCUGAGCUGCCCACGGAGCCCUCGGAGCCCAGACUGGAAUCACGUAACGAUCGCACUUACCAUAGAGCGGCUGCUGCCGGUGGCUGCUGUGAUUUCUCCAUCCCUUUCUGAUCAUAGGCUGGAGGGAGUUCUUCCACCUGCACCUUUCUGUACAAAUACUAAUUCAAUUCUAAGUCUUAAGUCACUUUUUUAAUAUAUGAACUUCUGCUCUUCCCUCUUCCUGGUGGUGGUGGAUGCACGGCCUGGUGCCUGCCCAGCCAGCUCGCCCUGCCCGGGGCAGCAGUGCCGGGUCCCUCAGUACUGUAGUUCACUAUUGGAAACAAAGGGAUCUCGAGACUAGAACCGUGUCUAACCUUACCCGUAUGUAAAAGCUAAGGCUCAUACCUAGAACAACCACUAAACUGUAGCAUUAUGGUGACAAACUCUGGCUUUUCGGCCACUUAUUGACCAAAUCAAUUAUGAGUAUUCUGGGGUGGGGCAGAGGGAAGCAAAACUGGUUUCUUCUGUAUUUUGUAUUGUAUGUUUCUCCAUGUAACCAAUCAGUAUCUUGUCAAUAUAGUACAUACAACUAGCUGCCUGUUGUCUUCAUUUGUGUUGGACUCUAGCAUGCCAACUCUUUUUUUUUUUUUUUCUAUCUCCAGUUCUGUCGUAAUGCACUAAUCCUGUUGCAACUUUUGCAAAAAUCUUGUAUAGAAAAUUGUCCUUUUUUGAUGGUUGUGAUGCCACUAAUGUUGUUAACCCUACUCUAGUGUGAAUACACAUGGUUUACUGAUGUACAGAGGUGGGUUGGGGGAAACCUCAGAUAACUUGUCAGUGGAAACAAUAUGUAUUGCAAAGCCUGUAAUUCCACAGUGUGAAGGGAGGUAUUAAAAUGGCUUCUGUUGCCAGACUCUAACUGAUGUUGGCUGCUGCCUAGUGCCUAAUGCAAUGUCUUAUGCAUACUGGUAUUUAAGAGGAACUGUCAACUUAGUCUUCAUCACAAACUUCAGUUUUGUGUGAUUAAAAAAAAAAUAAUUUUUAUAAACCUA